CCUGUUCUCGUCUCCUUAGCAUCGUUUCACGUCGUCCUAUUUACGCCUUUGCUCUCGCUGUUUCAUCUCCAAUUUGCUCUGCAUCUCGACCCUUGCCCAGGAUUCCCAUGGACGGUCUACUCUUCGAUACCCUCACCAAGCUAGCAUCCGAAGCACUCGCAAGCAACCUACGAUCCUACAGAAGCAAGCGAAAACUGACGUGACGUCGCCCGUGUUUUCACCUAACCUGGUCGAAUCGAAGGGGAGAGCAAAAGACUGGCUACUGAGGGCUGCAGAAGUGGAAUAGUGGGACGUUGGAUUCCAUACUUCUCCCUACUCCAUUCCCAUCGACUUGAGGAUUUUGGUGCGGCGUCAUCGAUCCUGCUAUUGUCCAACUCGAAAAAAAUCCACAGCCAAUCUCCCAACAAUCCAGUAAACUUUCUCUCUCUUUUUAUUUUCUCUUCAUACAACACUAGCUGUACCCGCUGUUCUCCAGCCAGCAAGUUCUCAAGAUGAUGAACCACGCUCGAGUCAAGGCCCUCAAGGGCAAUGGAAAGACCGUCUCCAAGAAGGCUAUUAAAUCCGGCCGUGCGUCAGGAAGCGCAACGCCGCGAAGUUCUCCCCUUCCGUCGCUAUUAACCUCGCCCACCCAUUCCGCGGCGCAUAGCCGCGUCACAUCCGAUGUCAGCGACGAAGACGGCGAUUUUGAAUUAGACGACAUGGCUUCAAGUGUCUACUCGGGCGAGUCUGUCGACGAAAAUGGCGACGAGCCACAUGCUCCAGUUUUCGACACAAGGGCUCUUAUUGAUGGCCUCCGAGAUCGAAAACGUAAUAAUAGCGAGAUGCGAGAAUAUUUCCUCAAUGCCUUCAUCAAGGCAGUUCGCAACCAUUAUACCGCCGAAACUCAUCUUUGGCUAGACGAUGCCGCAAGCGAGCUGGCAGACCUUUUCCUUCACGAUUCAAAUCGAGCUGCCACAGCAAAGGAACGCCUUUUGAGUCUGCAUGCCUUUGCUCUCACAGUCGGAACGGUUGGGUCUUUAGAGGUCUUCGAUGGAGCGCAGAGGAUACUCAAGCAAGUAAUGAUGGACGACGACGACGACGACUGCCGCAUCUAUGCAAUCUACGCGCUCUGUAUUACAGUAUUAUAUGGCGGUGGUCUAGAAGAGGCUGCACUGGAGGUGAUGGAAUUUUUGGUUGAGAUUGUGCGAACAGAUGGAGAGUCAAUCGAGGCUCAUGACAAUGUCGAGAUUGUCGCAGCCGCUCUUCAGGGCUGGUGUUUUGUUGCUAGCCAUGUGGCUGACUUUUCUGAUUAUGCCGAUGCAGCCAUGGAUGCGUUUGUGGAUCAGCUGGAUAGCGAUGACGUUGACAUCCUGUCUAAUGCUGGCGGCUGUAUCGCCCUCGUCUUUGAAGCAUCACGGAAUCACAUUGAAGAGACCGGGGAGCCGUUCCAGCUCCAGUAUGAUCCGCAAAGAUUAGCCGGUCGUCUGAGCGAACUAGCUAAACUGAGUGCUAAAUCAGUAUCGAGGAAGCACCGCCGGAGCUUACGAGAAAACCUGCUCAGCGUGGUAACCUCUCUCGAGAGGGGCGUUGGCCCUUUCUACUCUACUGCUAUAUACGUUCCCGAAAAGGGUGAACAUGUACCCGUCGCGCAGCGUACCGAUGAUGGACAAGCAGAGUACGGUUACCGAUGCAAGUUGAGGCUUGGUAACCAUGUUGCCAAGAUCGAUACUUGGUCUCUCUAUUUCAGAACAAACCUCAUGAGGGUCAUUUUCAAGGCUGGGCUGCAGCAUCACGUCUUUAUCAAUCCGGUUGUUACCGAAUGCUUGGAGGACGCACAUUUUAUACAAGACUACUCACCCAUCCCAAGAGGAUCAAAGGGUCGAAAGAAGUAGUCGAGGUCUGUCAACCUCCCUAAAUGGGACGACUUAGCCUGCUAUUGCUCCUGUUUCUUUCUUUUCUUUUUUAUUAGCUCCGACAUCCAAUAUCUGAGGACUAGGCUGCUGCUAUGGAGGAGCUUUC